ACUCGAGCUCUCAAGUCUCAACUCACCUCACCUCAUUGCCAGAGCCUUUGCUUACAGCUAGCAGCCGGCCGGCCAGCAAAGUCCCUGUCCACCUCUGUUGCUAGCCUUCAUUAAGCAGCAACAAAUUAAACAAACAAACCCCUUUCAUCACUAGCCAGCGGCCUAGCUCCUCGGUACCACCAGCGAAGCGACAAUGCAGUACGCGGCGGCGGAGCAGGCGUGGUACAUGCCAGCGGCGGCGCCGAUGGCGGAGAGCGCCGUGGCCCGCGUGGAGCGGCUGGCGUCGGAGAGCGCGGUGGUGGUGUUCAGCAUGAGCAGCUGCUGCAUGUGCCACGCCGUGAAGCGGCUCUUCUGCGGCAUGGGCGUGCACCCGACGGUGCACGAGCUGGACCUCGACCCGCGCGGCCGGGAGCUGGAGCACGCCCUCGCCCGCCUCCUCGGCUACGGCCCCGGCGGCGCGCCAGUCGUCCCCGUCGUCUUCAUCGGCGGCAAGCUCGUCGGCGCCAUGGACCGCGUCAUGGCCGCGCACAUCAACGGCUCCCUCGUCCCGCUCCUCAAGGAGGCCGGCGCGCUCUGGCUCUGAGCUGCAGGCCGACGGCCGCGCGCCAUCGCCCUUGGGGCUGCUGUGCUGGCUCGUGGCAGCUUUCCCUAGCUUGUUCUUGCCUGUUAUUGUUGCUGCACAACUUGAUGUCACUUGCCGCAAGCAAGCUAAUCAAUGCGAACUAAGGUGAUAGGAUACAAUAUCCAUCGACAGGGUGAUGGUAGAUCAGUGAGCUGAUGAUGAGUUGCUGUGUGUGAGUAGUGUGUGUGUGUGUUUGCAAGAGAGGCUCUGGUACCGUGUGUGCUUUUUUCUCACUACCUACUGCCUCCGUCCGUCCGUGUGUCUGUAUGGAGUACGCCGGCGCGUGCAUGUGGUGUUUGACGCAUGCGCUGGAUUUGCUUGCUUGGUGCUACUACACUGCUACCAUUGUUAGUUGUUCAAUUUGAUAUCCUUUAAUUUCAAUAGCUUGGCUGCUCUCA